AUGACUAGUGAAGACUUAAAUGGUUCAUUAGAAACACCACCUUCAAUUGGUUCGAAAACAGUUUACAUAAAACCUUUACCAAGUGAAUAUGAUAUGUUAAGUUCCAGUUUAGUCAACGAAAAGAGAUUUCCAAAACCGGAAAAGUCUGCUUUGCUACCGUUCACAAGCAGCAGUGAUGAUUUAAUCCCCUUGACGUCAGCCGCAUUCUCACCUACAUCUGUACACAAUAUUAAGACAUCCAAAGAUAAUGAUACUAAUAAUAGCAAUUUAGAAGUGAUCCCUUCCUCAUAUCCUAGCAGUUAUUCCCCGACAGAAGUCAAUUAUGAUCAUGUUACCGAUAAACGUGACUAUAACACUAGUCAUACAAUUACUCCUCCACAAUCGAUUACUUCAAAUCAUGAAGACCAGAAUAGUCAACGACCUCAUAAACAACGUCGUUACCCUCAUCAUCGUCAUGUGAAUCGUAAUUCCUUCAACCGUCAUAGUACAUUAAGGCGAUCACUUGGCGGUGUAACUAUCCUAUCCUACGCUAAUACUUCUCAUAAAUACUCAUCUGAUUCCGAUGUAUCACAGAAAAUUGAUGUUAGUAGUGAAAAGACAAAUGGAAGAGAAGUGAUAGUGAUAAAAAACGAUGCUAAACUGACUGAUUAUCUAUCAUCACCAUCAAGGACAAGCGAGUCAAUAAAUAAUUCCAGUGAUACUGUUAAUUAUCAACGGUAUGUAUUUCGGAUAUCAGAUUUACCGGCAUGGGAAGAUUUAGGUUUCUUAUUAAAACCAUUUUCAUCAAAUCGAAAAAUCAAACCAAAGUUUAAAGGAUUUCGACUUGCAAAUAAAUCUGCUUGCACUAGACAAUUUCCUCAUUUAUACUACAAUGGUUAUAAUAAUAUACCGUUUAGAUCUGGAGAUAUCAUCGUCAGUGUAAAUCAUCAUAAAUUGUCGAAUGUAUCUGAGGCAGAAGCAUUACAAUAUGUGUAUAAUGCAUUUACUGAUGCAGAGAGACAGCAUACAAUUGAAAUUGGCAUAUUAAGACCAUCCUUAUCAGGGAAUCGAUCAUCUAGAAAUUCUUGUAUACCAACUGAACCAUCUACAUUACCUAGAAAUUUAAUGAUUCGUCAAAAAUCGGAUUCAGGUUAUUCUAAUUCUAUUGAAAUGACUAUUUCACCAUCGAAUCCACAUCAACCUCGACGACGUACUAAUCAUUCAUCGCCUGAAAUCUCACCAGAGCUUUUAUCACUUAAUACAAAAGGAAGUGGGGAAAACAACAACCGAAUAAUGAGAAAUACAAAACUAUCCAGUCUGCAUCGUUUGAGUCUAAUGGAUUAUCCUGAUUCACCUCACCUAUCCACAUCAUCACCUCGAAUUCUUUCAAUUGACAAGUUUACUACUACCCCUACCACUGGUGGUGACGCGAACAGUUAUGGUGGUAUUGGUUACCGUAACAGUAUUAAUACAGCAACAUUGGCUUUAUCAUUGUCCAGUAAUCUGACAGAGAAUGGAUUUAUUACAAUACGCCGACCUAAACAUCCUACGAGUUUAGGAACAGUGGAUAGUGGUCGACAUUCUAUCAGCAGUGCAACUGAGUCCAUUCCUCCCUUAGUAGAAUUAAAAAGUAUUAGUAGUACUGCUGGUACUGGUGAAAACUCUGGCAGUAAUCUUUCCAAUUCGCGUACACUCACUCCACAUAUGGAAGAAGUAAAGUCGCCGUGUAUUUCAAGAUCUUUGAAUGUAUCGAAAAAAGAUCCAAAUGCAUUUAAUACACGUACAAUCGGUCAAACAAUGCAUAUUCAGUUAACUAAAACAAGAACCAAUGGUCUUGGCUUUACACUGACCAGUCGUGAUACACAGACUCAGAGUUCACAAAUAUCUGAUCCAGUAUAUGUAAAAAAAAUAUUACCGGAUGGUGCUGCUAUCCAAGAUGGACGUUUAAUGAUUGGUGAUCGUUUAUUGGCGAUUGAUGGUGAAAAUGUCCAAUCACUUAACCACGUUCUGUCCAAAUUACGUUCAUUGGAACCAGGCAAACAAGUGGAUUUGUUAAUUUCUCGACAUGCUUCAUGUAAUGAUGCAGAUGUAAAUGUGCGAAAAGCUUUAAUGCCUUCACGUCCUUUUGUAACACUAACUUAUGAGUAUUAUCUUCCAUUGGAUACCAGUCAGCCAGACAGCAGUAGACCUCCAGCGUUAGGCAUAAAUUUUAAAUGGUCAAAUGAUAUCCUCCUCUCAUCGUCAUCAUCGGCUGAAAUGUCAAAGAUAACAGUAGACAAUGAAUUAACCCCGACACCGAGCUCCCAAUAUUCACCCGUACCUGGACUAUACAUUGAUAGCCUUUUACCUGGUUGUAUAGUUACCUCAGAUAAUCGGAUCACUCUGCAGCCUGGUGAUCGUCUUGUCGGUAUCAACGGGGAAAGCGUAGCUGGCAUGAACAUAAAAAACAUCAUUAAACGGCUUAAACGUGUUUUAAAACACUGUCAUGAACGAAAUGUACACAAUGCUGGACAAUCUUCAACUUCAUUCAGCCUUACUGUUCAUCGAUACAAAGAUGAAGAGAAUACUCAGUCCAGCACCGGGGAAUCAGUAAGACCUUCAGAUCUUCCUCCAAGACGCAUUAAAUCACUACAACUUGAAGAAUUAGAAAAUGGUCAUCAGACACAUCAUCAACAUCAUCGUGAUAAAUCGAAUAAUUUAAGUGGUCAGACAAAUUCCCAGGAAAAUUGUUCAUUAUCCUUCACACUAAGCGAUAAUCGUCGACGUCUACGCAUAGCAUCCUCUCCAACAGUUCAAUAUCCUUCACCAAGAAAUUUAUCAGUACCAUCUAAUAGAAAUUUUCUACGUGAAGGAUUUGGACGUCGUAGUGUCUCAGAAAAACGUCAUGGACACGUGGAUGCGUCUCAGUUCUCAUUUUUUCAAACAAACAUUCUCCCUAAUCGCUAUAAAAUGCCUGAAGAUGUAGAUAAACAGUAUUCCACUAUGCCUACAACACGUCGGCUUAAAAUGCAUAAAGCUCGUUUGGCUGCCGGAGCUGCUACGAAUUCACAAUUGCCUAUUUCUGUUGUUGGCGGCGGUGGUCAAGGUUUAGGAGGAAUUGCAGGCUCUGGUUCAGGCCCAUUGAAAGCAUUGCAUCCUUCAAAUGGAAUGCCUCCACAAUCACCGGUAAAUACUUCUCACCAAGAUCCAGAGGAAGUAGACAUCGAGCUUCAAUUAGAUCAAAUGCCGUUGUCACGAAAUCGAAAGCAAAAUAACAGUUUCCGUCAUGCAGUGGAUCGUUCACUUUUCCCAACUACUACUGAUAACAAUAUUAGCAGUAAUAAUUAUGCAAACACAUUAAAUAUGAAAUCUUUGCCUAAAACAUGCUUUGAAUCUCUUGAUGUAAAUUCUCCUCCUCCCCCUCCUGUACCUCCAUAUCACCCGCGUAGUGAGACUAGUAGCCAUGGUAAGCUGGGCAUCGGAGGUUGUCAUAAAAGUAGUAAAGCGAAAAUCUCCAGCCCUUUGCCUCAACCGUCUUCACAUUCUUCCUCUGUUUCCAAUACGAAUCACCCUGAACGCCCUCGUUCAAAAUCACGUUCAGAAAUUAAUUCACAAACUACACUCUUAUUUCAAGAUAAAUCUUUACAUUCUUCGUCAAACAGUACGCAUUUAACCACUGAACAGAAACAGAAUAAAAGUGACUAA